CUUUAGUAUAACCCAAACCCGUCUGAUGACUGAGUCUGCAGUGAAGACACCUGAAGUCACAGCAGGCUUUAUUCCCUCCAUCAAACCUGUAACCAAUUAGCCGCUCAAACGAAGCGCUAGUCGCUGCAGCAGGAAGCAGAUUCUAAAACCGUGUCAGCAAACUGAGAUGAGGAGACGGCCUCUCUGCCUCGCCACUCAGUCCAUCUAAUCAGAGUCAGAGCGAGCCGGCGGCGGCCUUGUGAGGACAGAGACUGCUGCGGGCGUCUGGACCUCCAGAACCGGGUUUAUUCUCCGCUUCCUGACAGUCCAGCUGAUGCUCUUCCCAGGCUGCAGGAAGUGCUGGAGUUUUUUUUGCAGAGCGGCCGUCACUCCUCCGAGAAACCCAAACGCUGCAGCGGAAACAGACGAAAUGAGCCAGACUUCAGAUCAACGUUCUGGAAUAAAGACUCUGAAGAAGUUGAUGAUUUUCAGCCUUUGCAUUGGCGUCUUCUCUGUGGUCUUCAUCUUCUGGACCUGCAGGCCCGAGAAGACCCUCGGUUCUUCACCCAGGUAUCUGACCCCUCCUGAGCCUCAGAUCUCGGAGUCCUCUGGAGCGAGGAUGCUGACAUCGGCGUAUAAAAUUCUGCAGGGAGAGGAGGCGUCUCUGGUGCCGGUCAACAUGACCCAGACGCUGAUGAUCUCCGCCUACAUGGAGCACAGAACUGAAAAAAAGGAGGUCCUCAUCAUCGCCAUCGUGCAGCGCAGCGAGAAGGUGGAUUAUCGCUGCCAUCUGCUGUGUCAGAAGGAGGUGCACGUCUCCAAAGGUUCCUGCUUCAUCCACAGCGAUCACUUCGGCUUCCCGUACGGAACGGCGGGAAUCGUGUGUCCCAUUCCUCAAGGCUGCGAGACUCCGUCACAGAUCACUUUGACCUCUGCUGCAGAGAGGAACCACGGAAUACUCAACGGGAAGUAUUUGGAAGUGAGGAACCAGUAUGAGAAUACCACCUUCCAAUACAACUUCACCGUCUGUUUCUCCACCAUGUUCAAUUAUACAAACACUCUCCAGUUGGUGCAGAGUCUGGAGCUGCUUAAGUUACUGGGAGUCAACAGAGUGGCGGUGUAUAAGACCAACUGCAGCGCUGAGACGCAGCUCGUGCUGGACUACUACACACGAAACGGUUUGGUGGAGGUGAUUCCCUGGUCUCUGUCCACAUAUCUGAACGUGUCUAGUGGCUGGUUGCCAAUACACGGCCCUGGGGAACUCCAUUACCACGGUCAGAUUCCUGCUCUCAACGACUGUCUCUACAGAUACAUGUACACAACCAAAUACCUGGCCAUGCACGACACGGAUGAGCUCAUCCUGCCACAGUCCGUCGACAGCUGGUCGGAGAUGCUGCCGCUGCUGGAGCAGAAGUUUGGUGCCGACAAGUGCUACAUGUUUGAGAACAACGUGUUUCCCAGCAACCUGGUGCUCCCGUUCCCGGGCCGCGAGAGUGUUUCUCCGGGACAGGAAUGCUGGGAAAAGAUAUCGGGGACAAACAUCCUGGUUCAUCUCUAUCAGGAGCCCAUCAUACCUGAUGCACGCUAUGAAAACUUUAAGAUCAUCGUCAACCCCCGGUCUGUGUUCAGCACCAGUGUGCACGGGGUGCUGAAGUCCAGGAAAGGCUGCGCUUGGGUUUUCAGGAAUAUCGCACGGAUUUACCACGUCAGAGCCCUGCGCCGAAGGCUGACCCCGAGCCAGCUGGUCUACGACGACCGACUGCUGAACUACAGCUCCCGCCUGACUCCUGCUGUGAACACGGCGCUGACGGGGAGCGGAGUCCUGCCGGACGAUGGGUCCUGUUGACUUUAGCAUGUUGUUCAGAAAACCCAGAAGACGUGAACUUCAACACUGAUCCACAGAAUGGUGCUAAUAAAGGUUGAGAUGUGAAUGAA